AUGGUGGGGGUGUCGGACGACGUCACCGAGUACGCGGCGGCGCUGAGGAGCACGGAGGACAAGCUGCGCCGGUGCCCCCAGCGGAGGAAGGACAUCCUGGAGGAGCUGACCAAGAGCCAGAAAGUUUUCUCGGAAAAGUUGGACCACCUGAGCCGCCGCCUGGCCUGGGUCCACGCCACUGUCUACUCCGAGGAGAAGAUGCUGGACAUCUACUGGCUGCUGCGCGUCUGCCUGCGCACCAUCGAGCACAGCGACCGCACGGGCUCGCUCUUCGCCUUCCUGCCCGAGUUCUACCUGAGCGUGGCCAUCAACAGCUACAGCGCCCUCAAGAACUACUUCGGGCCCGUGCACAGCCUGGGGCAGCUCCCGGGCUACGAGGAGACCCUGACCCGCCUGGCUGCCAUCCUGGCCAAGCACUUUGCCGACACACGCAUCGUGGGCACUGACAUCCGGGACUCGCUGAUGCAGGCGCUGGCCAGCUACGUCUGCUACCCUCACUCGCUGCGGGCCGUGGAGCGCAUCCCCGAGGAGCAGCGCGUCGCCAUGGUGAGGAGCCUCCUGGCUCCCUACGAGCAGCGGCCCUGGGCGCAGACCAACUGGAUCCUGGUGCGGCUCUGGAAGGGCUGUGGGUUCGGGUACCGCUACACACGGCUGCCGCACCUGCUGAAGGUCAAACCCGAGGACGCCAACCUGCCCAGCCUGCAGAAGCCCUGCCCCUCCCUCCUGCUGCAGCAGCACAUGGCGGACCUGCUGCGCCAGGACCCCGAUGUGGCGCCCAGCUUCCUCAACAGCGUCCUCAACCAGCUCAACUGGGCCUUCUCCGAGUUCAUCGGCAUGAUCCAGGAGAUCCAGCAGGCCGUGGAGCGCCUGGAGCGGAACUUCGUGGACACGCGGCAGCUCAAGGUGUGCGCCACCUGCUUCGACCUGUCGGUCAGCCUGCUGCGCGUCCUGGAGAUGACCGUGACCCUGGUGCCCGAGGCCUUCCUGGCCACGGCCCAGCCCACGGCCGAGAUGCUGCUGCAGCGGCUCGCCCAGCUGCUGAACCAGGUGCUGAACCGCGUGACGGCCGAGAGGAACCUCUUCGACCGCGUGGUCACCCUGUGGCUGCCCGGCCUGGAGAGCGUGGACCACUACCCCAUCCUGGUGGCCGUGACGGGCAUCCUGGUGCGGCUCCUGGUGCACGGCCCUGCCGCAGGGAGGGAGAAAGCCACGGCGGUGCUCCUGGCGGACCCCUGCUUCCAGCUCCGCUCCAUCCGCUACCUGCUGGGGCACGCGGAGCCCCCCGCCCCCGGCUCGGCCCUGCCCGCCCCUGACCGGAAGCGCUUCUCCCUCCAGAGCUACACGGACUACAUCAGCAGCGAGGAGCUGGCCCAGGUGGAGCAGAUGCUGGCGCACCUGACGGCUGCGUCUGCCCAGGCCGCAGCGGCCUCCCUGCCCACCAGCGAGGAGGACCUCUGCCCCAUCUGCUACGCGCACCCCAUCUCGGCCGUGUUCCAGCCCUGUGGCCACAAGUCCUGCAAAGCCUGCAUCAACCAGCACCUGAUGAACAACAAGGACUGCUUCUUCUGCAAAGCCACCAUCACAGCGGUGGAGGACUGCAAGGCCAGCGGCGGGGGCGCCACCUCCUCGGCCGCCUAG